AUUUUUCCCCCUUGUGCGUGAGUGACAUUUUUACAUAUCACUGCCAUGUUUAUAUGAAUACAUCGGCUACAUCUGAUGUUGUUCAAUAGGAUGUUCACGUUUCAUUGUUGAUUCGUUGCGACCUUGGAUUUUUUUUCGCAUCGAAGGAACAGUGGUUACGAGAACAUCGCCUGGAUUCUACAAAAUCGUUUUGCAGUGUGUGAUUGUCCUUGCGUUCCCAAAUUGAUACAGCAGCUAGACGCAACAGCGAGGGAUUGAUCCUCGCUUUUGGAGAGGCAUGGAUGAGAGGUCAUGUGUGCCGUCCAGCUAAGGGCCUCGGUUGCGCUUGCCUGCGCACCCCACCUGCACCCCCGUGAGCAUGUACCGGAGGAAUGGGCUCUCGGAUGGUGCCAGCAUCAACUCGGGCACCUCAGAGGGCAGUAGCAGCUCCGAAUCUCUGGAUGGUCCGGGCCUGGACUACGCAAAGAGUUACGACGCCGUUGUGUUCGACGUGCUGAAGGUGACGCCCGAGGAGUUUGCCAGCCAAAUCACACUGAUGGAUACGCCAGUAUUCAAAGCAAUACAGCCAGAGGAGCUGGCAAGUUGUGGAUGGAACAGGAAGGAGAAACACAGUUUGGCACCAAACAUAGUGGCAUUCACACGGCGGUUUAACCAGGUUAGCUUUUGGCUUGUGAGAGAAAUCCUGACAGCCCAGACCCUGAAGAUCAGAGCAGAAAUACUGGGACAUUUUGUAAAAAUAGCAAAGAAACUUUUGGAACUGAAUAACCUCCAUUCUCUGGUGUCUGUAGUGUCAGCGUUACAAAGUGCUCCUAUAUUCAGAUUGAGCAAAACAUGGGCGCUGAUCAGCCGAAAGGACAAGGCCACAUUUGAGAAAUUGGACUUUCUGACGUCCAAGGAAGAGAACUACACACGGAUGAGGGAGUACAUCCGCUCACUCAAGAUGGUGCCCUGCAUCCCCUACCUCGGGAUUUACCUGUUAGAUAUGAUUUACAUCGACUCAGCUUAUCCAGCAUCAGACAGCAUCAUCGAGACUGAACAGCGAACCAAUCAGAUGAACAACCUUCUGAGGGUCAUCUCUGACCUGCAGAUGUCCUGUAAAUACGAUCACCUUGUGACCCUUCCCCAUGUGCAGAAGUACUUGAUGUCUGUUCGCUACAUAGAGGAGCUUCAGAAGUUUGUAGAAGAUGACAACUUCAAGCUGUCUCUGAAGAUUGAACCUGGCAACAGUUCUCCCCGCAUGGCCUCCUCAAAGGAAGACUUAGCAGGUCCGUCUGAGGUGUCUGCCUCUGUGAGGUAUAACCGGCGGCCUACCUGCCCUGAUGCCUCCGUGGGGGUGCACAUCCCCACCCCUCCCCCCUCUCGUCACAGGAAGAGCCACAGCCUGGGCAACAACAUGAUGUGCCAGUCUGGAAUGUCAGAGAGCAAGAGUGCUACCUUCCCCAUAGAGAAACCUCGCCACCUGUUGGACGAUAGCUUCCUGGAGUCCCAGAGCCCAGCGAGGCAUGACCCCCACAGCACUUCUGUGUCCAAUGGUUUAUCUAUAGGCAGCAGUGAAAGCUCGUUCGGCGAGGACUUAUCACCAGGAAUGGAAAGGGGGCGCAUGUACUCCACACUGGGCCCUAACUGGAGGGUCCCACUACGCAAUUCCCCCCGGAGCCGCAGCUAUGUUUACAGCCCUUCAGGUGCCAAUUCCUGCCAUGGGUGCACCGAGGUGGGCAGCGUCACCAUUGAGGGGCCCCUCCGGCGGAAGACCCUGCUGAAGGAGGGUCGGAAACCCAAAUUGUCGUCAUGGACAAGGUUCUGGAUCACCCUCUCCGGCUCGACCCUGAUGUUCUAUGGGGCCAAAGCAUUGAGGGCCUCUGAAAGAAAGCAUUACAAAUCCUCGCCAUGUAAGAAGGUGUGUGUGACAGGUUGGAUGGUGGUUCUGCCCGAUGACCCUGCAAGACCGAACAUUUUCCACCUCAAUGACCCGGAUAAAGGUAAUGUUUACAAGUUCCAGACAGGAUCCAGGUUUUCAGCAAUCAUUUGGCACAAAAACUUGGAGGAGGCCUGCAGAAGCAAUAGACCUCAGAUACCAACCAACCUCAUGUCAUUUGAGUGAAGAAAGGUCUGCUUACCCAGAGGGGAAGAUACUGUGCCAAACCCAUUCAGAAGGGGAGUCUUUGACAUUUUUGCUGAACAGAGGAACAAUGUGGGACCCAAGGAAAUGGGAGGAUGAGGAGUGGUGUGCACAUCCUAGACUUCAUACAGGAGCAGAAAUCUCGUUGAAUACAGACACACUCCAGCGAUUUAACCUGGAAAACGUGCAAUGUGAAGGGAAAUUUGUUGUUCGAGGACAACGGCGUCAAGCGAUCAUUCAAAACCCUUGGUCUGUGUCAAAGCUUUCACGUUCGUUGUCGUUUGUCACGCUGCUUUAAAUGGUGUGAGCGCGGGCGCAUUUGUUUUUUUUUGGCCCAUGUUGGGUUUGUGCUUUGAUAAAAGGACUAAGAAACAUGCACAAAGACUUGACAGUGUUAAUAUUGAGGUUGGUUGAUGACAGAAUGAUUACUACAGUACAGCAUCAGGCCCCCCCGCGGUUGGUACUCAAAUGAUCACAAAGCUGGAUACAGGAGCCAACUGUGAAGACACCAUACUCUCCGUGAACUCCGAACCUUGCAUGGCCCACUGGACUUGAGUCUUUCUAGAAAUAAUGAUGAGGGAAAAUGCCAAACCGAGUUGUUUCUAAAACAGAGGAUCAGUGAAACCUGUAACUUUGCUCCCCCUUGUCGUGUCUAUCCAUAGUCAAUUACACCGUUGCCAAUAAAAGUUGCAGGAAGACAUUUGAAUUGGCUCAGAUAAAUCGACUGAUGGUGAAAAUGAAAUGGUUGUUUUCUACAAGAAUCAGCUGACAGAAAACACACCCUCGUGAUACAACAUAUUUAAAGUUUAAAAAAUAAAAUUUUAGUUCAAUUCUGUACUGACUGUCAAGAUAGAAAAAUGUAUGUAAUUAAACAUGAGGUAACAUUGGCCUUCCUUAUCUGUUGAAAGGGUGGACUGUAAUGGUCAGUACACAUCUAAUGCACCUCUGAAGCGUUUUGCCAUCUUAAAGUAAAGUGAACACAGUCCUUAAACCAUGUCUGAUCAUUAUUUUAAUCUACAAGAGGUUUUAACCAGUCCAUUGAGUAAACUUUUCUAUCUAUUUUCGCGUGUAAAUUUUAUGACACCCAACCACAAGACACAUUGGUUGAAAACAAGCAAAGAGCAAGCAAUCAUAGGACAUCCAGCGAAUGUCGCAAUUUGAGAAUUCUAUGUAAGGGAUGUUAAAAAGGGAAAUAGACUAUUUAUGGAAUGUUGACAAAUGACUCUCUUAAAAGGCAUAACAUUGGUACAAAUUUGUUAUUCGGUAUAAAUGCUCGAAAUAUGCAAGAUAUACAUAAAAGAAAAAAUUCCCUUGCUUACUUCUUAAUGAAGAACAUUUUACUAAAUAAAUGAAGGCUGCAAAUUACAUUAAUGAUCCACACCAAUUUUCUAAGAUGUGAGAAUCAUAUAACAAAGGCACCUAAGUCAUUUGUUUUGCCUGUGAGUAACUACAAUCUUGGCACACUCAAUGGUUAAUAUUGUCAAUAAAACUUUAAUUAAUGUUUAACUAACAAAUGUCAUUUCGAAAUGAUGACUGUAUUAGUUACACCCACCAAAGUGUGUGAGCCAAUGACUGAGGCAGCAUUAACAGUGUAUAUUUUAUUUUGUGUUUAUGUUUGAAUGAAGGACUGCAUUCUGAACAAAACAGAGAUGAGAUGAGAAAAUGUCUUCAGUCCGCAUCCAUGAUUCCACCUUUGAAUCAUAUCAGCACCUUUCUUUUUAAGAAGUAAAGACAACUUUUGAAGUUCACUUAAUUAUAUCUGUGAUUUACUACACAUACAAGUUUUAGAUUGUAAUUGUACUCUGUGCAUUUUGAUACAUCCAUAAUGUGAAAGCGGGGUGCCUACACUUCUCAACCAUUCAUUUUUAUCAACAAUGAUUCAACACGGGGUUAAACCACUCUUGUCAACUAAAUAGAAGAUAGGUUGGUGACUGCACAGUAAAUAAAACUAACUUUUUGGAGUUGCACUUUGAGUUUUCAGCUUUUACUACUUUACACACUGUAUCGAUGGAUGUUAGCACUGGGAAAAUAAACUAAAUGUGUAACUUAAAUGGAAGUUUCUGAAAGGAUCAGUUAGACAUUAGAGGAUCUUAAAGGAAGAAGAUGGAUUAUGCCAUCCAAUUACAUCUGUGUAACAUAAUUGUGAGAAAAUCCACCUACUAUUUUACAUUCUAUUCUUUUUCCCAGUCUUGAACUAAUAAUCAACACUUUACAUCAGUGUCAGUGUGCAAGGGUAUUCCUUUAGAUGGCUUUGAGUCAAGAACAUCAUAUGGAAUGGUUCUGUGUUGAGACAUCUUAAUAAUCCAUCUGGAUUCAAACCUAAUUACAGCCCCAGUUAACUCACCCAAAGGCCUGUAAAAUGUAAUGCACACUGACUGCAAUCUUCAUUCCCACAAUUUAAGUAUUGAAGUUGUUGCCAAGAUCAACCAUUCAAAUACUCCAUGCCGUAUGCAAACACUUGUCACAAAUGUAUUUAUGUAAUGAGCAUAAAUACAUUUUACAAAUUUUUUGAGGGAAGCUUUACAUAAUUUGUGAGGAUGGUCUUCUUUCUCCACUUUAUUUUUUGUACUUGUGUAUCUGUCUGACAAUAACAGGUUUUAUGGUUUUAUCAAUUACCCAGAGAAAAAAAACAAUGUUAAAUGGGAAAUUGCAUGUAUUUUGUGUACAAAGUUUCUGGUGUCUGUAGUAACUGUGACAACCACUUACUUGUAUGCCCUGUGAAUAUUUUUGCUAAGUUAUUUCUUACCUUGGCAUUGUUGUUCGUUGCUGUAUUUUUCAGCUUUAAACAUUGACACUGAUUCAUGUAUUAAAAGAAUAUGUGCAAAGAGUCA